GGGUACAAAGUCAUCUUGUCCGUACGAAAGCAUGUCAAAUUUCUCAUCUGGUCUGGAUGUCCAAACACAAAUCAAUAAAAUGGCAGAUAGUUAUGCCACUCUCGAACAACCAUCGGAAAAAAUGUCUCCGGCUAACCUUAAGGACUGUAUGGAAGAGCUUUUGAGGUUCACCCUGGAGUCUUAUAUAAACGAAACCCUACAAUUCGAUCUACUGCUCUCCAAGGCCUUCUGCUACAACCUCCUCAAAGACGACCCCACCGACACCAACUCUUCCCCGAUCGAUUCUUCUCUAGGAGUCCCAUCAUAUCCUUUAUACAAGCGACUGGCAUCGUCAUUAUUAGAAUCAAUAGAUUCUAAAACCUUCUGUAGAUCGCACUGCAAUUUUAUGUUGAUCCCCGAAGGAAGCUCCUUUAAGCAGAAAGAAGCUGAAUGGCAGAAGAUAGUUUUCCACAAGGGAUCUGAACUAGUGAAUCUUAUGAAGACUGCAGUCCACGAACUUCAUGUUCAGGAGCCUUUCUUUUCACAGCUAAAAGAUGGCCAGAAAACAAUUGAAGGAAGGUGUGCUGUUGGUGACUACAAUAGAAUUGCAUCAGGAUCUUUGAUCCUUUUUAACAAAUGUGUGAUUUUUGAAGUCCAGGAUGUACAGUGGCAUGCUUCAUUCUCCAAUAUGUUGGGUGCGGAGAGUCUUGCAAAAGUUCUUCCCGGAGUUGAAACCAUUGAAGAAGGUGUACAAAUCUACAGGAGAUUUUACACAGAAGAGAAGGAAAGGUCAAAUGGCGUUCUUGCAAUCUAUGUUUCAAAAGUGGAUGUUCAGCCAUACAUUUUGUUGGCAACCCUACUUUCUGGAUUGAGUUAUGAGGGUGUUCAAGGCCUUCUAGGUCUGACACAUACCACAGGGACAGUUCCAGAUGCACUUCCCCCACCAAGAUCAACUCUUCUAUCAUCAUUUAUGCUGCCAUGUAAGCCAAAUGUUGAAGGUUGUACCUUGACUCAUGGAGCUAGGGCUUUGGAAAAGCAUGCUAAUAGGAGUAGCAGUAAAUACUGGGGUACUUUGAAAGGAAAUGGAAUAGUGAUGCAAUAAAUUCAAUAGAAACCAAUAAGAAUUUUAAAGGAAGGAGAGACUAGUGCAAGACAAGGAGGAGAAUGAAGAGAAUGGGGAGGGGGAAGAAAACAGGGCAGAGAAAGGGUCAUCAAGUUAUUAACUCACCAGAAGUAUAUGACAACAGUACAAGAGUAUGUUCAAGUAGACUAAGGAAUUAAACCCUAGUCACACUUGGGCUAAUAGCCCACUAGAUGAAAUAACAUACAGCCCGAAAGAAACAUAAUCCACAGUCCAAUAAAUAAAUAAUAUGACAAAUUCACCACAAAAUAAAUGUAAAAUAACAAAAGUGGCAAUAACAUAAUCUCCAGCUCUUAUAAAAAAAAACCACAUAAUCUUCAGCUCUCAAUCACCAAGCCAGAAAGUCAUUGGUUGAGCUUUCUUCUGGCAGCGACAUCAAUUCACAUGUAAUUGGUGGCUUGUAUUUGAUUUCCAUACCAAGACUUUUGUGGCUGGAAGAACUUGACCUUGUCGAGUGUAGCUUCUAGCAGCUUUGGAAGUACUCCAAUAAGUUAAGGUCAAGCUGUUACAACAUGUCAUUGGUAAUUCAUUUGCAGUGUAUUGACUCCCCAACAAACUAGUAACUGUUGAACUUCUUUGUUCUUGGCGAAAACAACUUGCUUACCCAAAAUAGCAUCAAUAUAUUCUGGGUUGGUUGAAGGGGAGUUGUAUGGGAUCAGCAAUAGGAUUUGUUUCAGGGUAUGGGACUGUUC